UAUACAGACAUUGUUACUUUCUUGGUGGACAACAAAUGCCAACUAGAUAUCUAUGAUAAUGAAAAGAGAACUCCAUUAAUGAAGGCGGUGCAAUGCCAGCAAGAAUUCUGUGCUGUUUAUCUGCUUGAACAUGGAGCAGACCCUAAUCUGAAGGAUAUACACAACAAUACUGCCCUCCACUUUGCUGCCUUUAAUUCUAGUAUAUCUAUAGCAAAAUAUCUGCUUGAACAUAAUGCUCACAUUGAAGCACAAAAUAAGGAUGGGAGCACACCAUUAAUUGUUGCUGUUGGUGAAAAUAAUCGAGAAAUGGUAGAGUUUCUUCUUAAAAAAAAAGCAUCUGUAGAUGCCACAGAUAAAUUGGGAAGAACUCCACUAUUGAUUUCUGCUUCUAAUAAAAAACGUGACUUAACGAGUGUUCUUCUCGUCCAUGGAUCAAAUGUUUCCCAUAGAGAUGAAAGUGGAUGGUCAGCAAAAGAUUAUGCUAUGAUAAGUGAUGAUCCCAUCCUUAUUCAGUGUAUUGCUGACUAUGCCAACUGGAAACAUAGAGAAGAGGACUCCUUUGAUGGUCAAAAAGUCCUGUCUAUAUUAAGCAGUCCAGAAAAGGAUGGGGAUACUGGUAUUACACUGGGUGCUCCUGCUACAAAUAAAGAAGUUUUGGAUAAUCACUCUUCUGGAGAUUCAGUAAGGAAUUCUGAAAAAACAGAUGAUGAUAGCUGGCUUUCUUCAGAAGAGGAGGAACUAGGCUACAGUCCCAAGAAAGCAGAAAAACCAAGUUUGGCUCAGCUAAUGAAAGUUGCACAGGACUUCAAGAAAAAAUACAAUGAAAACGAAAAUCAGACAAAAGAAAAUAUUAAAAUAUAUAUGCAAAAAAAGAGUAACCCCAUUAAGCAAGAAUUAAAUGAUUCAGACAGUUCUUUUGCAAGCAGUGAAGAAGAAGAAUUUGAUGGGAAGAAGAGAGAGGAGAAGAAAAAAGAGGAGGAGGAGGAGGAAAAAGUAAAAGAAAUGGAGGAGAACUUCAGUACAGGAAGGGAGGAAGCAAAUGUAAAAGAAAUCUGGAGCAAGGCAGAAUGUAAGGAAGAUGAAACUGUUGACAAAUUAGAAGGGAAAGAACAUUCCACAGCAAAUGAACAUGAGUGGAAAGCAAAUCUGUUUAAAAGCAGUAAUGAAAUAUGCAGUGUAGGAAAUGAAGUGGUGCAAGAUGGUACUAAUAUUCCUGAAUCUUUUAUUCCUGGGCAUUCUGAAUCUUUACAUGACCAUGCAGUUAUUAACAAGGUAAAUAAGGAACUGCCUGAACAUUCAAUUGAAAAAGAAUAUAAUUAUGAAGAUCAGUUUCAGAAUUUACAGAAAUUCCAGGACACUGAGAACAAUAAUAAAAUGUCAUAUGAGAAUCAAAAAAAGUUUUGCAAAAAUGUUUUUUCUUUGGAGAAUGUUGGAAAAGCUACACUUUCUAGUUUCCCAACUAACUCUCAUGACAAUGGCAUGGAUUCCAUUCUGGAUGAUAUUAUUGAAAGUUAUGAUGUUUCUGGAUCAGAAGCAGAAUUAAAAAAACACACAAGUACACAACAGAAUAUUAGGAAUCCUGAUUUUGCAGGAUAUCAGAACACUGAAGAAAAGCAAUAUGUGGAUUCAAAAGAACUGGAAGAAGCAAUAUAUGAGCCAACAAUAUAUAAACUUUAUACUGAGGAUAAAAGUCUGAAAACUUCCCAUUCUAAUUUGAAAGCGAAAUCUUCAAAAGAUGAAGAAGAUGGUGAACAGGAAGAUCAAAAUAUUUCAGAUGUUACCAAUAAAAAAAAUACUGUUAAUAGACAGUCUUGGAAUCUUUCACCAAAAGCUAAAUCAGCAUUGGGCAUGGACAAAGAUGAAGAGGGGAAGGGUACAGAAUCUCCAUGGGAUUCAGAAUGUACUUCAGAAAGCCCCAGGAAACCAUCUGUUAGCCCCAGGAAAACAGCUGUUAGCCCCAGGAAACCAGCUAUUAGUUCUUUGCCUACAUCUCCUGCCAAAACUGGAAUACACAUACACAGUAUUACAGAAGAACUAUAUAAUGGAAAACCAGGUUUGCAGCCAAAGAUCACCAAAAAAAAUUUGGUACGUGAAUCUCCUGCUCCUGUUUUAAAGGAGGCAAUCAGAGAAAAGCAAAAAUCAGAUUUAAUGGAAGAACUUGGCUUGGAUGAUGCAGAUGAUAUUGAAGAUGCCUCUGACUGGGAUUCUACCAGCAUUUCUCUUAAGAGCACUCCAUAUGCUAAACCAGCUAACAUACUGAUGUUAGAAGAUCAUGCAUCUCCACGACAAUUAGCAGAAACAAAUGUUACACUUGAAAUCUCAGUUCCUGUGAAAGAAGAUUCAAAUACUCAGACAGUAAUUUCUUCAAAAGGUCACCAAUAUAAUGAACACAAAAGCAUCAAAGAAUUUGAAAGUAACAGCAAGGAAAAAUGUCUGUUAGACACAUCCAGCUCUAUAGAAACAUCAACACAUGAAAAGCAGACUGACAAGGCUGAGAUUGAAUAUGCUCAUGAUGAAAAGACAACUGAAGCACUCAUUCACAGUGAAGAAUCACAUAAUGAAAGCAGUCGUUUUGAUUCAACACACUGGGAAGAAAGAUAUGAAAAAAUGUGGGUUGCAAAUGAAAAAAAGGAAGUCAAAGCAAAUUUUAAGAGCAUUACAGCAGAACUAAAACAGAUGUUUGGUGAAAUUAAUGUUUAUGAGAAAAUCAGUAACACUUCAAGCAAAGGAAGAUCACAGGAUGGUUUCUGUUGUGCAACAGAAGGCAUAAAAGAAACAUCACUUCAUCUACAAAAAAUAAUGGAUAUUCAAGGAAAGGGUGAUAUUAGAGAUGUAAGGUCUGUCACUGCAGAAAGGGAAUUAAAUACUGAUGACUGGAACACAAAUAAGAACUUACUGUCUAAUAAUGCAAUAGGAACAAAACCAAAUAUCAGUGAAGAAAGGAGUAACAAUACAAUUAUACAGCUGAGAGCAGAUGUGAGUGAAACUGCUACGGCUUCAGAAAAGCAUCUUGAAUGUUCAGUGCAAAGUCAUGAAGACAUUACUAAAGAUACAAUUUUUAAAACUAUAGAUGCUAAGCAACCAAUUAUAACCAACAACUUAUAUAAACAUUUUAGUGUAACAAAAAAUCCAAGUGAAGAAACUGAAUACCAUUUUAAUAACAGUAUCAACAGUUGUAAAGAUACUGAUAUUGAAAUUGGAAAUAAAGUAAAAUAUCAUAACCGAAUCUGUCCUCAAAUAUCCAAAAAAAGUCUGGAUGAAGAAUUAGAAAAUGAUGUUGCAAGAUUUAAAAACGAGGUAGGAAUACUGCAUUCAGUUUUCCUCGUUUUGGAGAAAGAAAAGACCCAGCUACAAAAAGAGAUUGAAGAGGAAAAAAUAAAAAAGGAAUUGGAACUUGAAGGAAGAAAAAUUGCUAAUGCUGAGAAGUUGGCUGUGAGUAAUGAUGAGAAGGUAGAAGAAAAGCAUUCAAUAAGUGAAAUCCAGCAUAUGACAGCAGAAAGUGUUUUCUCAGCAGAUAGAAAGGAAGUAAUUUGUCCAAGUUUAAAAGAUACAAGAAAAAGUGAAAAUAAAAGGCGGAAUUCAAAGCAGAGAAUCGAUCAACAGCUCAGUGAUAAUCUACAUCAGCCACAAGAUGAUAGCAGUUUGAGUGAAGCAUCUCUUGAAGAAAGAUAUCCAGCCAAAUCUGUGAAUGGAAAAAAUAAGCUUUAUAGAGCAUUGAGUAUUACUAAUGAUCUGGAUGACUUAACUCCAUCUUCAGAUUCAACUACAGAGGAUAUUGAGUUGCCUUCUUCCAUUUACAAGGAAGCUAUAGUGCUGAUAGAACAACUUAGUUUUGAUAGUAAAGAUUCUGUAAGUCUCCUGAAAAUUCAGAAUAUAUUUCAUGGAUAUGAACGACUAAUUGAGCUUGAGAAGGGUCGUUAUACUCAAUUGCUUGAAAAAGUAAAAAAACUUGAAGAUGAGAGAAAUGAAUGGCAAAAAAUUCUGGAAGAAAUGACAGAAAUGAAAUCUAUAUUGGAUCAUAAAAAAGUAGAAUAUGAAAGUGAUGUCACCAGUCUCAGGUUUUCUUUGAAACAAGAGGAAGAAAAAAGAAUGAGUGCUGAAAUGCUAUAUGAGAAAAACCAAGAGCAGUUAAGGAAGAAAGAGGAGCAGUACUGUACGCAGAUGGAAGAAAAACAACAGCUUGAAUUAAUGCUGAGAAGCCUAGAAAUUGAGUUAAAAACACUCAAAAACCACCUGAAACAGGUUGAAGAAGAACGUAAUGAAACACAGAGACAGCUCUGUCAAGAACAAAAUGCCAGAGCUCUACAAGAAGAUAUUUUAAAUACCCAUUUCUGGAGGCAGAAGGAAUUAGAAGAAGAAUCAAAGAAAGUAGCAACUAAAUCCCCAGAGAUGACUGAUAAUCAUGACCAUGAAAAAGAAUUAUUACAUAGAAAUCAAAUACUCCAAGAUGAACUUGCUGUAUUAAAAUUAGAACUUGAUCACAUAAGGAUUCGGCAUCAGGAGGAAGAAAGCAAAUAUUUAGAAGAAAAUGAAACUUUGAAAGAAAAAAACGAAGAACUUAAAAAAGAACUGAAACUAAAUGAAGAAGCUUUGACUCAAACAGUUUUUCAGUACAAUGGACAAAUAAGUGUAUCAAAAACAGAGAUUGCAAUGGUAACAUCCAAAUUGGAACAUACAAAAGAAAAUAAAGAAAGAUUGGAAGUAGAACUGGAUUCACUCCGUUCUCGUUUGAGUUCUGCUGUUCAGGAACUUGACCGUAGUCAGAUAACAAAAAAUGAUCUUGAACGAUUGCUUCAACGAGAACAUGACGAAUGGCUCCGCUCAAAAGACAAAUUGAAUCAUGAGAUAUGUACUCUACGAGAAGCUAACAGUAGUAUGUCUCAACAGUUAGGGAAAGCUGAAAGUAAAGCUAAUAGUCUAGAAAAUGAGCUUCACCAUGUAACUCACAAUCUCAGAGAAAAGAACUUGCUGUUAGAUAGUAUUCAAAGAGAACUAAACCAGGCACAGUGCCAAGUGAAAGAACAAGAAAAUGCACAACAAAUUGCAAAGGAUCAAAUAAACAAAUACGUAAUAAAACUCGAAUCUAUGCAAGAACGUUUAGCACAGCUCCAAAGUGAAAACCUCUUAUUUCGACAACAGUUUGAAGAUUUUCAGAACAAGGGCAUUAUCAAAGAAAAAGUAGUGACUGAUGUUCAAGACAGAUUUAAUGAUAUUUUUAAUAAACUAAGAGCUGAUACUGAAAAACAAAUUCAGAUGAUGGAAGAGAGAAAUAAGGAAUUAAUCACAAAAUGUAAUAAUUUAAAGGACCAAGUCAUUAAAUAUGAAACAGAGAAAAUAGACAGAGAGAGUGCAGUAAGGCAACUGCAGCAAGAACUUGCAGAUUCUCUUAAAAAGCAAUCCAUGUCAGAAGCUUCACUGGAAGUUUCAACACGUUAUCGUAUUGACUUAGAGGAGGAUAAACAGCAACUCCUGAAGGAAAUAGAAAGGAUAAAAUGUAAGCUGCAAGAAUCAGAAGAACAGAAUAUCCAGUAUGAAAGAUCUACUCAUGAAUUAAGACAUGCUUUGGAUGCUAAGGAGCAUGACGCAAUUGUGGCAUCUCAGAAAUUACAGGAUCUUCUAGUAGCAUCAUCAGGAGCAAGCAAUGCUAUAAAACAAUUAGAAGAGCACAUACAAAGACUUGAAAUAGAAAAUGCCAGAUUGGAAGCGACAACGAACCAGCAAACUAAUAGAAUUGAGACACUUCAGAAAGACCUACAGGAUAGUGCUUCUGUUCAUAAUCGUCUUGAGGAAUUAAUAACUGGCUUACAAACAGCAAAAAUCAGUCUAGAGGAACAACUAAAUCACCAGGUCCAGAAGGAAAAUAUGCUUUCUGUAACUGCACAAGAUGCUCACAAUAUGUGGGAAGAAGAACUGAAAUUAAAAUCAAAACUUGGGGUUCGCCUUUCUGAGCUUGAUAGGGAAAAGACAGAAUUAAUAUCUCAGUUUGAGAAUGAAAAGAAAAAAGUAAAGAAGGUACUAGAAUUGAAACGAUCAAUGGAAAUACGACUAGAUCAAGAAAUGAAAAGGAACAGUGAAUUACAAAAAGAAUAUCAUGGAAUCAAAAAACUUCUAAAAACAGCUAAAAAGAAGUUAAAAGAUUAUGAGAGUGGAGAGAGUUCAUCACAAGUCAGCUUACAUGGAGAAAUAAAAAAUAAAUAUUCAGAAAUUGACAUUGAAAUUGGAAAACUAAGAAAAAAGGUCGAUGAACUUUCUCGCCACUUGGAGGUUGAGUCAACAAGAUGCACCCAGCUGGAAUCUACAAAUUGUGAACUACAUGAACAAUUAUCUUCCAUGAAGAUACUCCAUAAGAAUCAUGAAAAACUAGAAAGAAGCAAAUUGCAGCUAGAAGAAGAAGUAGCUAACCUCAAACGCCAAGUACAGGGUAAUUUAAUAGACCUCAACCAAGUGGAACAGUAUAAGAGAGAGAUUGAAGAGCGAGCUAGGCAAGAAAUAAGACAAAAACUGGAGGAAGUCAACUUCUUUUUGCAGACGCAGGCUGCUUCUCAAGAAACUUUGGAACAGAUAAGAGCUACUAGUAAUGCUUCUUUGAGAAAUCAAUUGGAGAACAGAAUUAGAGAUUUAGAAUCAGAGUUGGGCAAACUUAAAAACAGCCAGCAAGAUAACAUAUUACAAAAAGAAUCUACACAUACAGAAUUGGAAAAAUAUAAAGGAUUGUAUUCAGAAGAACUAAAAAUACGGAGGUCUUUGGGGAGCAAAUUGGAUCGAGCUAAUGAGAAAUUAGCAGAAGCUAACGCUAAACUCAUUCAUGAGCGUCACAAAAGCAAGUCUUUACUUGCCAACAGCUUUAUAAGUGGAAGCCUUUCUUCAAACCCUGUCUUGGAAACAGUUCAGAUUGGAAACCUUGGCAGCAAUUUAGCAUUAAAUAGAUCUCUUAGCCUUGGAGGAGGAUUCCUGAACACAAGUGGAACUGCAUUAGCCUCAAAAAACAGAGUGGAAGCUUACUUAGCAAAGAUGCAGAUCGAAUUAGAAAAAAGUAUCACAAAAGAACUGGACCAAGCUAAAGCUGAACUUGAUGCUGGAUCUGUUAGAGUCUCCCCUGUAGGAUCAGUUGAUGGAUCUUCAAAAAACCCAAAUAAAGACCAAGAUCAAGUUUCCAAGGCGACACAGCAGUAUCUAGAUGUUUUAAAGAAAAACUAUAUGAUUUGAAUAAACUCUGCAAACUUGUAGAUGUGACUUUGUUGCAUAACUUUUCAAGAGGACACAUAUCAGGCACAGUGCACUUGUAUUUGGAGAAAUACUUCAUAGUCCUGUAGUCCCCCUUACCUUUAUAAUACGUCCUCCCCUGCCAUAUUUUUUCUUUAGCAAAUUCAUACUAGCCUGUGUCUUACAGAACUGCCUGUUACCCUUUCAAGUUUGGUAGGUGUGUGUAAAUUAUAACCAAAGCCUUUCCUGAAGUAUUUACAUACAUCUGCUGCUUGUAGUCUUUUAAUUAAUUUUCACAUCAGGUACUCUGCUUUUCUGGUAGUUAUUUUAUGCCUUCAAUUACAUUUGAUAAACAUGGUAAUUUCUACUUCUGUUAUUAAUCACUUUUGCAUAGGUACAGCAUUAAGCAUUCCAUACUGAUAAUAUGCCAUGCCAGCAGUAGUGCCAAGAGACUUCCGAUUUGUAUUUUGAAGUAGUGCCGAAAAUGCACUGAAGAUUUAAUUGGUUAUCACAGAAGAACUAGCAGCAUUUUAUAUAUCCUGAAUUAGUGAUUAUCAUCUACCUCCAGGUUGUUGUUUCUUUGUUUUGUUUUUUUUAGUUUUUCAGGGGUGGUGCUGCAAGAUAGAUAUCUGUGUCAUUUAGAUAGAAAAUGCUCAGUGAUAUAGUUUGUCCAAUUUCUGGAGAUUCUAUUAAUUUUGAAAGUAAGAAAGAAGCUUCCAUAAAAACCACAAUUUUAAACGUCUCCCUUCAUUAGAAGAAUGAUAGCACACCUACUUGUGUUAUAACAUGGUGAAGGCCAAUGUGGACUUUAGAAAUCAUUAUAUUCAGCAUGCCAUCCUAAGAAUUUGGAACAAAUAUAAAUCCAGAAUAUGUCCCAAGCUACCUCUGUGGUUAUCUCCACAAGAAGCUCAUCACAGAAAAGAGAUAACGGGUAAUUAAAAUCGGAUAAGAUAUAAGGAUUUGUUGGAAUAUCACCAAGGGGAUAUUAGAUUGAAAACUAGAGAAGAUCUGACCUCACAAGGCUUCAAGUGCGAUUGGUUUCUAUAUAUACAACUAUCAGAAAGAUUAAAGUUGAUAAGAAAUUAUAUGAAUUUGAAAGGGACAAAACUAUAUUUGAAACUGAAUUAUGUUUAAAUGAUGACCAUCUCAUAACUAAAAUGUGUAAAUUAUUGUUAACAUUGGAAACAGGAACUAGUAAAGGACUGAAUGAUAAAAUGGACAAAAAAAUUCCAAUAUAACAUCCAAGUUGAACAAUGGGAAAAUAUGUGGUCAAAGGGUCUUAAAUUUACAGUAUGUUAUAAUCUUAAAGAAAAUUUCUAUAAGAUGAUGUAUAGAUGGUAUAUGACACCAGAUAAACUCUCCAAAAUGUAUAAAGGAAUAUCGAACACCUGCUAGAAAUGUAAAAGACAAGAAGAAACCUUUUACCACCUUUGGUGGUCCUGUAAAAAAUAAAUUAAAAAUAUUUUUCAUUAUUUAUGCAGUGUAUGUAAUGUGACUAUUUAAUAAAAAUUUAAAAUCAUUGCUGUUUCUGAACGUUUUUCCCAGCAAAAUGUCCCUUAGACAUUUAGAAUUUUCAUUUUCCUAUGUUCUAAGCUAUAACACUUUCUUCUAGAUAAUAGCAUUUUAAAGUUAUUUUUUCCCAUUGUA